UAAGAAAGAAUAAAGCAUCCAAAACAAUUUGAAGUUCGUAUUUCAAACCCAAUUAGAAACCAAAAAAACAACGAUGAAGAUCAUGUUGCUCUUGUUUUCCCUAGCAUUCCUUUUUAGCUUAACAACUUCCACAAAUGAUGCUCCUAACCAGCUAUCGAGUGUUGUCCGCGAUACAGAUGGUCGUUCCCUCAAGAGCAAUACUAGGUACUCCAUUCAUGCAGCUUGUUGGGGAGAAGGCGGCGGAGGUCUACUGCUUUUUAAUCUUGGAGAUCAAGAACAAGAUCGUUGUCCCACAUCGGUGGUGCAAACCCUUACUGACACCUACAAUGGUCUUGGAGCUUACAUCAAGCCUAAAGAUAGCAAACAAGACAAGAUUCAGGAAUCCUCCCCGGUAAACAUCAAGUUCAACCCUUUUGGUUCUUCAUGUGCUGACUGGACUGUGUUGAAGGUCGACAGCUACCCUGAACCCGCGGAUCACUACACCAUAAGCACAGGUGCAAAGUUGGGAAGUCCCCUUGACGAGAACAGCUGGUUUCAGAUUAAGUCUCUUGGUGGCUCGGCCUACAAGCUAGUCUUCUGUCCCCAUGACGAGGAGAAUUGCAAGGAUGUUGGCCUCGUCGAUCAACGUGGAUAUAGGCGUUUGGCUCUUACAGAGGAUGCCUGGCCCUUUGUGUUCAUAAAGGAGGCCAGUAAAUAUGGAAAGGCCCUUUCCGACGAAUAACCACUUGGCAUAUGCUUUCUAUAAAAACUAAAUAGUGCAAAAUAUGUAAUGCAAGGCCCGAGUCCCCUGCAUGUCGUGUUUUUCGGGAUGUAAGAAUAAAUAAUGCAACUCAGGCCUAAUAAGUACGUGCCCUAUGUAUGCUUAUUAAUUCCCUGGAAUACUAAUAUUGCACUAUUAAUUUUAUUAUUA